UUCGGCUUCCGGUUUUGUGCGACGGAAGUAACGAAAUCGCCGUGCGCCGCAGAGUGCGAGCCGAGGUCGCUAUGUACGGUGUCCUGUGUUCGCGGGCUGCGGGAGCGGUCCGGGCUCUGCGACUCGUGGGCUGGGCUUCGCGAAGCCUGCAUCCGCCGCCCCAUGGCCGGUCUCCAGCCCGACCCACAGACAGGGAAGAGGAGGAGGAAGACCCCAACCUCCCCAUCCAGUUUUCCUCCAGCAAAGCCACCCCAGACCGCUGGACGGUGGAGCAUUCCCUGGGGAAGCAGCAGCAACGGCCCUGGUGGAAAGUGCUGCCCAUCACCGUCAGCCUCACAGUUCUGAUCCUCUGGUGCUAUCUGAGGCAAGAGACCAGCACGGACCAGUGGUUGAGAGAGGUUUUGGGAGAGGUAGACAAGGAAGACGAGGAGGAGCCAGACGAUCGUCUGGAGGAAACUGAAGCUCCGACUUUCUACGGAGCUAGAACGUAACGGUUCCUGCUGAGGAAAGAAACAGGCAGUCGUCCUUGUUUCUUUGUCAAGGUUGGCGAUUUCUGACCUGGUACUGCGUGCGUCUUCGAUGCUUUUAAAGGACUUGGAUGGCGCUGAAACGCGAGAACAAGCACGGAAUUGGGGGCUCGAAAUCUGACCCUUGCCAGACACGAAUGCCCAGUGCUUACGUCCAAAGGACUUUUGAGGUUCAUAGAAAAGGUUUCGGCUGCACCGUGCGCUGUUGAAUUUGUGAUGUGUUUGUACAGCCUAAUCAUGUUUCCAGAGCAGUUCCAGUGGGGGUGUUACCUGCAGGUCAUUUGCUUUCUGAGACAGAGUAACUUCAGAAGUUUUACACUUUGUAUUGUGCCACGGUGUGUACAACAUCCGUUGAAGCUACUUUAAAUACAAACAAAUGGAAAAUACAUUUGGUAAAGC